AUGGAGGCCGGAGGAGACACUGCUGCCCCAGCCCCUGGGGAUGCGGAGGACUUGGAGGAGAUGCGGUUCCCCAGUGAGGAGGCUGAAGACGGUGGAGGGGUUCACAGGGACUUACCCGAUCCUGGAGAUGCAAGCUUGGAGAAAGCAGGAUCCAAGACCAAGGACCAGUCACCUAGCCUGCUGCUCCAGUCAGAGGCUCCAUCAUGCACCUGUGGGCUCUGGAGCCCCGCGGCCUCCGAGGGCAGUCCUCUGGGCUGCCCUGAGACUGGCUUAGGGGGCCCGGGUGGGGACCCGAGCGAUGAGGACUGGCGCAGCAAACGGAAGCACGUGUUUGUGCUGAGUGAGGCCGGCAAGCCCAUCUACUCGAGGUACGGCAGCGUGGAAGCCCUGUCGACCACCAUGGGUGUGAUGACAGCCCUGGUGUCCUUCGUGCAGAGCGCAGGAGAUGCCAUUCGCGCCAUCUAUGCUGAGGACCACAAGCUGGUGUUCCUACAGCAGGGCCCGCUGCUGCUGGUGGCCGUGUCAAGGACUCCUCAGUCAGCCGCCCAGCUGCGCGGGGAGCUGCUGGCCGUGCACGCACAGAUCGUGAGCACCCUGACGCGCGCCAGUGUGGCCCGCAUCUUUGCGCGCAAGCAGAACUACGAUCUCCGCCGCCUGCUGGCCGGCUCGGAGCGCACCCUGGACCGACUCCUGGACAGCGUGGAGCGGGACCCGGGGGCCCUGCUGCUGGGCGCCGUGCGCUGCGUGCCUCUGGCUCGCCCGCUGCGGGAUGCGCUGGGCACGCUGCUCCGACGCUGCACGGCGCCCGGCCUGGCCCUCUCGGUCCUGGCGGUGGGCGGUCGCCUGGUGACAGCCGCCCAGGAGCGGACGGUGCUGGCCGAGUGCCGGCUGGACCCCGCCGACCUGCAGUUGCUGCUGGACUGGGUGGGGGCGCCGGCCUUCGCUGCGGGCGAGGCCUGGGCACCCGUGUGCCUGCCUCGCUUCAAUCCUGAUGGUUUCUUCUACGCCUACGUGGCCCGCUUGGACGCCAUGCCCGUCUGCCUGCUGCUGCUGGGCACCGACCCCGAGGCCUUCCAUGACAUGGCCACCUGCCGGCGCCUGGUCGAAGAAGGCAUGCACUCGCUUGGAGCCAUGCGUGCCCUCAGGGAGGCUGCCAGCUUCUCGAAUGCUGCAUCGGCCAGUGCCUCGGCCUACAGUGUGCAGGCUGUGGGCGCUCCCGGCCUCCGGCACUUCCUCUAUAAACCACUGGACAUCCCUGACCAUCACCGCCAGCUGCCCCAGUUUACCAGCCCCGAGCUGGAGGCCCCCUACAGCAGAGAGGAGGAGCGACAGCGCCUGUCUGACCUGUACCACCGCCUGCACGCCCGGCUGCACAGCACCUCCCGGCCACUGCGCCUCAUCUACCACGUGGCUGAGAAGGAGACCCUUCUGGCCUGGGUGACCUCCAAAUUUGAGCUGUAUACCUGCCUCAGCCCCCUGGUGACCAAGGCAGGUGCCAUCCUCGCAGUGACCAAACUCCUACGUUGGGUGAAGAAAGAGGAGGAUCGGCUCUUCAUUCGUUACCCACCCAAGUACUCCACACCCCCAGCAGCCCCAGUGGCCUCCACGGACCAAGCUUCCCACAAUGGCUUGUUUACUGGCCCUUGA